AUGGCAGUCCUUGAGCUGUGCUCCACAAGAUCUGCUGAUGAUGGAGUCUACACCUGUGAGGCACAGAAUGAUGCUGGGGCUGUAAACUGCAGCACCAUCAUCACAGUGCAAGAUCCACCAAGUUUCAUGAAAGUACCGAAACCUGUAGAGGGGAUCAAAGGAAAAGAUGCUAUGCUAUACUGUGAACUGAAUGGCACAGAACCCUUUAAGAUAAUCUGGUACAAAGACAAAAAGCCACUUAAGGAAAGCAGGAAAUAUAAGAUGAUGAAUGAGAGUAGCUCUGCCACUCUCCAUAUUCUUGCAGUGGACCCCUCAGAUGUUGGUGAAUAUGAGUGCGGGGUCACAAACAAAGUAGGAUAUGAAACAUGCCAUACAACAGUUACGCUCAGAGAAGCACCUGUUUUCGUGAAGAAACUGGUAAACCAGUCAGUCAAAUUGGGUGAAGAAGUCACUCUGAUGGCCACCGUCAAAGGCUCUCAGCCUAUAACUGUUUCUUGGGUGCAAGAUAAGGAUCAUGUUCUUAGGGAUGGAGACAACCGGAAAAUCACAUUUGAGAACAGCGUGGUCACCCUGAAGGUCUUUAAGGCUGACCAAACCACAGGUGGCAAAUAUACCUGCCAACUCAAAAAUGAUUCUGGAGUUGUGGAAUGUGUUUCCAACCUCACUGUCUUAGAACCGGCUACCAUUGUGGAUAGUCCAGAGUCAUUCAAUGUCAAGGCAGGUGAUUCAGCAACUCUUGAAGUCACCGUAGCCGGAACACCAGAAUUGAAAUCUAAGUGGUUCAAGGACGGUGUCGAGCUCUCCUCUGGCACCAAGCAUAAGAUAACCUUCUCAAAGAAUAUCUCCAGCCUGAAAGUCCUGUCGACAGAGAGAGUUGAUACAGGAGAAUACAAAUGUGAGGUCAAAAAUGAGGUUGGCAGUGUUUCCUGCAAGACAACCCUCACUGUCCUAGAUAAAAGGAUCCCACCCACAUUCAUCAGGAAACUGAGAGACACCCAUACUAUUGUUGGUAAACCUGGUGAAAUGGAAUGCAAAGUUGCAGGUUCUCCACCUUUCACUAUCUCUUGGCACCACAUUGGUCAGGAGAUCAAGAGUGGACCAAAUCACGAGAUUAUUUGCAGUGACAACACCUGCAAAGUUAAACUGCCAACUCUUAAGUUGUCAGACUCUGGAAAAUACACAUGCAAAGCCGUUAACACAGCAGGAGCCAGUGAAACAAGUGCUUCUAUGAUUGUACAAGAACCUCCAUCCUUUGUGGAAAAACCUCAGGCAAAGGAAGCUCUGCCUGGUGCAAAUGUAACAUUUUCAGCAACAGUCCAUGGAAGUGCCCCUCUGAAACUUAAAUGGUUCAGGGGCACCAGGGAAAUAGUGUCUGGAAAGGGCUGUGAAAUUGCUCUCCAGGGCAAUGCAGCUACUUUGGAGCUAUACAAAGUGGCCAAAUCAGAUGCUGGAGAGUAUACAUGCCAGAUUAUUAAUGAUGCUGGGAAGGAAAGUUGCCCAGUUAAUCUGUUCAUGAAAGAACCAGUACAGUUUGUGAAGAAGCUGAAGGACAUGUCUUCUGAAAAGGGGAAACCUUUGAAACUUGAAUGCACAUACAAUGGAACUCCCAAAAUAUUUGUUACUUGGUUGAAAGAUGGGAAACAGCUCUAUGCCUCUUAUCAGUAUAACGUGUUGACCACAGAGACUUCCUGCGUCUUGGAAGUACUCAAUAGCGAUAGCAUGACUGCAAGUGGGAAAUACUCUUGCGAAGUUACCAAUGGAGUUGGAACUGAUAUCUGUCAUGCUCAAGUGACCUUAUUAGAACGACCAUUCUUUGUUGAGGAACUGGAACCAAUGGAAGUCACUUCUGGUGAUCCAGUUUGCUUGAAAUGCCGCAUUGGAGGAACCCCUGAUAUUAGUGUGUCCUGGUUCAAAGCUGACGGAAAGCUUUGUGCUACCAAUACUUGCCAAAUGGCAUUUUCAAAUGGCAUUGCGACUUUGAUACUAAGCAAACCAUCAAAGGUUGAUACUGGUGAAUACACAUGCAAAGCUGAGAACAGAAUUGGAUCUGCCUCAAACAGCUGCCGCUUAUCAGUGAAAGAUGUCAAAACACCACCUUCCUUCCCCAAGAAACUUACUAGUCUUGAACAGGCUGUAGGACAGCCAGUCAUAUUUGAGUGUCGUGUUGUAGGAUCCUCUCCUUUAGAAGUCUCCUGGCUAAAAGACAAUGGAUCUUUAAAAAAUGAUGGAGAAUACUUAAUGUCUUAUGAUGAUAACACUGCUGCCCUAAAAAUUGCACGAGGUGAAAUGAAACACUCUGGGGAAUACACUUGUAUAGCUACAAAUAGUGUUGGAACUGCAUCUUGUACAGCUAAACUCGAGCUUCAAAUUCAAGAACCAGUACACUUCAUCAAGAAGCUGGCAGACAUUUCAGUCGUCAAGGGCAAACAUUUGAAACUCGAAUGCACAUACUCGGGAACGCCCAGCAUAUUUGUCACCUGGCUGAAGGAUGGGAAACAACUCUAUGCCUCUUAUCAGUAUACUGUGACAACCACAGACACCUACUCUAUGUUGGACGUCCUUAACAGUGACAGUUUUGAGGCAGCUGGGAAAUACUCUUGCGAAGUUACCAAUGGAGCCGGAACUGAUAUCUGUCAUUGUCAAGUAAAAAUAGUACAGUUCCAGAAAAAAUAUGCCUGA